UCUCACUCAAUCCAAACUAAACCAACAAUACUACACUUCAUAGUCCAAAAGAAACCCCUAUGGCAACCAUUUCCUUCUCUCACAACCACCAAUCCUCAGACAAUCGCCGUGGCGGAUCCCACCACCACCGUCAUGGUCCCGUCGUGGAAGAGAUCGAAGGACUCAUCAAAGUUUUCAACGACGGCUGCGUCGAAAGACCUCCCAUAGUCCCCACCGUCUCACCCACUCUCCACCCAUCUACUAAAGCCACAGCCUUUGACAUCAAACUAUCUAACGACACGUCAGUACGUGUCUACGUCCCCGACGCUGCAGCUUCGCCGUCCGUUACUCUCCCUCUCCUCGUUUACUUCCACGGCGGUGGCUUCUGCGUUGGCUCCACCGCUUGGAGUUGCUACCACGACUUCUUGGCCAGCCUGGCCGUCAAAACACGUUGCGUCGUCGUCUCGGUGAAAUACCGUUUAGCCCCUGAACACCGUCUCCCGGCGGCGUACGACGACGGCGUUAACGUCCUCUCGUGGCUAGUCAAGCAACAGAUAUCUCACGGAGGAUAUUCUUCUUGGGUGAGUAAAUGUAACCUCUCAAACGUUUUCUUGGUCGGAGACAGCGCCGGAGCCAACAUAGCUUACCAAGUCGCCGUUAGAGUCACCGCCAGUGGCAAAUACGUGAAUAGUUUAAACCUCAAGGGCAUAAUUCUGAUCCACCCUUUCUUCGGCGGCGAAUCAAGAACGUCCUCGGAGAAACAACAACAUCACUCCAAGUCAUCGGCUUUGACUCUUUCUGCUUCCGACACGUAUUGGCGCCUGGCUCUGCCACGUGGAGCGAGUAGAGACCAUCCUUGGUGUAACCCUCUGGUCAUGAGCUCGGUGGGAGCGAAGUUACCGACGACGCUGGUGUUCAUGGCGGAGUUUGAUAUACUAAAAGAUAGAAACUUGGAGAUGUGUAGAGUGAUGAGAAGCCAUGGGAAGAGAGUUGAAGGUAUUGUUCAUGGAGGUGUUGGUCACGCUUUUCAUAUUCUCGACUACUCGUCGGUGUCACGUGAUCGAAUCCACGACAUGAUGUGUCGUCUUCACAACUUCAUACAUCCAUAAUCAUUCCCUAAUACUUUUAUUUCGCGACCUUUAAUAUGGUUUUUUAAUGCUGGACGUCCGUCGAAAUAAUAAUAGAAACGUGAAAUGUUGUGUUUCUUUAAUUGUGAAUUAAAGUAAGUUGCUCUGUACGACUGUACGUAGUUUUCUCAAUGGAUGUGAUGUGAUUAGUAUAAAUUAGUACGAUUCCUCCUGUCAUAUUUGGAUAAAUCGUGUAAUUGUCAUAUAUAUAAGAGGUUUUUGGUUUGUGUUCAAAUAGAUGGACUUGUACUUUAAAAUUAUAAACC